AUGUCAGGACUUGACGUAGAGGCUCUUCUGGAGUCUACGGCUGCCCCUGCCGAAGCACCCCCCAAGUCAGAGGAUCGUGAUGAUCGUUCUCGAGCCGACCCUUCUGACCGACACGACCGUGAUCGUUCCCGCGACAGACGGCGACGCCGGGAUCGGAGCCGAGACCGUCACCGAGACGCUGAAGGCGAUGAGGACAUGAAAAGCCCACGGAGCGAACAUGGCAGUGCUAACGGAAGCCAUAGAAGCCGGAAGAGAAGCCGGAGUCGUGAGAGUGAUCGCCGUCGCGCCCGUCGCGAUCGCGAUGAUUACCGCUCUAGUGGCGAUUUUUACCGCGGUGGAGGACGUGCUCGCAGUCGCUCGCACUCUCCUGUCGACGAUCGCCACUACCGCCCCUCUCGCAGAGAUCGUGAUUAUGACAGACGUCCUCGCCGCAGCGAUCGUGAAGCCCGCCGCCGCAGCCCAGGCGGUCGCAGCUCCAGCAAGUCCCCGGAGCUUAAUGAAGAUGAGCGCGAUAAACGGACUAUCUUUGUGCAACAACUUGCCGCGCGCCUGAGAACUAAGGAGUUAAUGGCCUUCUUCGAAAAGGUGGGCCCCGUGAAGGAAGCUCAGAUUGUUAAGGAUCGGGUUAGUGGACGAUCCAAAGGUGUCGGCUACGUCGAAUUCAAGAGCGAGGAGUCCGUGCCCGCCGCUAUUCAGCUCACCGGCCAAAAACUUCUAGGCAUUCCAAUCAUCGCUCAAUUGACCGAGGCGGAGAAGAACCGCCAGGCCCGUAACCCUGAAGCCAGCUCUGGCCCCGCACACUCCGCACCGUUUCACAGACUUUAUGUGGGUAACGUUCAUUUCAGCAUCACUGAAAAUGACCUCCAGAAUGUCUUCGAACCGUUUGGCGAACUCGAGUUCGUGCAAUUGCAAAAGGAUGAAACCGGACGGAGCAAAGGCUAUGCAUUUGUGCAGUUCCGAGACCCUAAUCAAGCCCGCGAGGCUUUGGAGAAAAUGAAUGGAUUUGAUCUCGCUGGUCGGGCCAUUCGUGUGGGCCUUGGCAAUGAUAAGUUCACCCCCGAUUCGAAUGCGAGUCGUCUGCAGGGCCCGUCUGCGAACCAACCAAAUUUCCAGGGCUCCUCAUUUUCCGGUCACGGAGGCCGUGGUGUUCAAGCUGGUGGCUCGAACAAUUUCGAUCGUGCAGGUGGACGUGAGAAUGAAAAGGGCACUGGUGCUAGUGCCCUCGACGAUACAGAUGUGGCUGGUGUGAACUUCAACAAUUACAGUAGAGACGCGUUGAUGAGGAAACUUGCACGAACAGAUGAACCUGAGCCCUCUGCCGACGAACAGCAGAAGCCGCUCCGACCCAAGACUGAGACCAAACCGCUGCCUGUCAAUGUGAAUAUGGCAAGUCGGUGCGUCAUGCUUCGCAACAUGUUUGAUCCUUCCGAGGAAUCUGGUGAAGCUUGGAUUAAAGAGAUGGAGGAUGAUGUCCGCUCCGAGUGUGAAGAAAAAUAUGGCCGUGUUGUUCACAUCUCGCUAGAUCCGAACUCUCAAGGCGACAUCUACCUGAAGUUCGAACGCGUCCAAGGAGGCGAGAACGCCAUCAAGGGCCUUAACGGCCGUUUCUUUGGCGGCAAGCAGAUCACCGCCCAGCCCGUCGUUGAUGCCGUCUAUAGUAGUCUCUUCUCGCGCACGAAGGCUAUUUAA